CGUUUGCCAUAGCUUCCAGGUCAGCGAGAAGGCGUCCAUAGCAUUCGGGAACACUUGGAGAAGGAAGAGGGAGGAAUCUCUAUAGGAAGAAGCAUUCUCUGGUUUCUACAUUAAAUCCCUAGCGGUGGGUCCUUCGGUGGAGGGAGGGAGGUUCAGCUUACGGGCUGUGCUGGGAAGGCAGCGGCGCUGGAGGAGCUGCGAGGAAGGCGUUGCGCGGAUCCUGCCCUGCGCGCCACUCUCGAAGAACGGAGUCCGGGCGAGGGGCAGAGCCGCCUUUCCCUCCGGGCGAGGAAGACUUGGUACUUCUCAAGGAUAUAGCUGUUUUUUUCUCCAUGGAAGAGUGGGCCCUGCUGGAUUGUGAGCAGAAAGUCCUACACUGAGUGGUCAUGAUGGAAAACACAAGGAAUAUGGUGAUGGAUUGAAGAGAGAGGAUGCUGGCUAAGGGUUGGCAACACCUUUUCUAACAGCCAAAAAGGAAGUUGUGGAAAGGAUGAGUGAAAAGGAAAGGCCUGAAGGAAAGGAGUUAAAGGAGGAGCUGGGGAAAUACUCUAGUUCUCAAUAUGCAGAUAUCAGCGUUUUCUUGCAAAAUGAUGAUCCCCGAGAAAAAGGAUGUGGAAAAAUACCCAGAGAUGAAUUAGAAUGUGAUCCCCUUACAUUUCAUAAAAACAUUCCCAAAACAGAGGAUCCAUACCAAUGCCUGGAAUUUGGAGAAAACAUCAGUCAGAAAAAUCACCUGAAUUCACAUCAGAGGGACCAUGAAGAAAGGAAGCAGCAUCAAUGCAUCACCUGUGGAAAGAGCUUCAGAAGCAGCCCAGCCCUUACUUCCCACCAAAGCAUCCACAGAGAGGAGAGACUGUAUCAAUGCAGGGAGGAUAGAAUGAGGUUUACUCAGAACAAGGAACAAAAUUCCAGGAAAAAAAGCCCCACUGGAAAUAAUUCAUGUAAAUGCCUGGAAUGUGGGAAGAGCUUCCGCUCUGCAGCUCACCUCACUUUCCACAAUAGGAUCCAUACAGGGGAAAAACCAUAUCACUGCAAUGUGUGUGGAAAGAGCUUCACCCAACUUGGCAAUUUCAAUUUACAUAAGAGGGUCCACACUGGAGAGAAGCCGUAUAAAUGCACAGAGUGUGAAAAAUGCUUCAAAGCCCCCGGUGCCCUUACUCAACAUAAAAGGAUUCACACAGGGGAGAAACCCUAUAAAUGCUUGGAGUGUGGAAAAAGCUUUAGCAGAAGCGGUACCCUAACUUUGCAUAAUAGGAUGCAUAAAGGGGAGAAACCUUAUAAAUGCUUGCAUUGUGGAAAGAAUUUCAGUCAAAAAGGUCAUCUUAAGUCACACGAGAGGAUCCAUACGGGAGAAAAAUCAUUUCAAUGCAUGGAGUGUGGAAAGAACUUCUAUUGCUCUGCACACCUUACUGCCCAUCACAGAAUCCACACAGGGGAGAAGCCCUUUCAGUGCUUGCAGUGUGGAAAAUGCUUUGCUAGUUCUGGUGGCUUUCAUGCCCACAGACGGACCCACACAGGGGAGAAACCAUACAAAUGCCUGGAGUGUGGAAAGAGCUUCAGUAAACCCAGCCACCUAACUUCCCAUAGAAGAAUCCACAGUGGAGAGAGACCGUAUGAGUGUACCGAGUGUGGGAAGCGUUUCAAUCAAACAAGCCAUCUUAAUAUCCAUAAGAGGAUCCACACAGGGGAAAAGCCCUAUAAGUGCACUGAAUGUGGCAAAUGGUUCAUCGACUCGGGGGCUCUCACUCACCAUAAAUGGACCCACACUGGAGAGAAACCAUUUGGAUGCAAAGAAUGUGGAAAAAGCUUCAGUCGAAAAAGAGCUUUCAUAAUACAUUACAGAAUCCACACUGGAGAAAAACCAUACAAAUGCACCACAUGUGGAAAGAGCUUCAGUGAUUCUCAAGAGCUUGUUUCCCAUGAAAGAAUCCACACUGGGGUAAAACCCUAUAAAUGUGUGGUAUGUGGAAAGGGCUGUAGGACCACCAGUGACCUUAGUUCCCAUAAGCGGACCCACACAGGUGAAAAGCCCUAUCAGUGUGGUGAAUGUGGAAAGUCCUUUAGUCGAAACAGUUCCCUUAAUAGCCAUAGAAGAAUGCACUCAGGAGACAAACCAUAUAAAUGUAUGGAGUGUGGAAAGUGCUAUACACAUAGCAGUGCUCUUAAUUACCAUAGGAGGAUACAUACAGAUGAGAAACCACAUAAAUGAGUUGAAUGUAGAAAAAUAAUUCGUUAGAAUCAGUCACAUAAUAUCCAUAGAAAGAUUCACUCACUGAAGAAGCUAUUAAAUGUAUCAAGCGUGGAAAGCGCUUUAUUGAAAAUAUUUCUCUUACUUUUCUCGCAAAAGAAUUUUCUCACUGGAGACACUAUGUAAAUGUCUCAAGGUUAUAAAAGUGCUUCAGUGCCUCUUGUUUGCCUAUUUCCAUAGUACUGAAGGAGCUUCAUUCAGAAGAGUGAACUCAUAAAAGGAGCCACUUGGACGAGUGGCCUUAUACAUAUCUGUAGUGCGGAAAGAACUUCAGUGGUUCAAUUUUUUAUCAAAAUUUCAAAAUGGAAAGGUGGUGGAUUAUAAUUAGUAAAUCAUAAUUAGGUAACAGUGAAGGAAGGGAAAGAGAAGGAAUAAAAUGGAUGGGACAGAUGAGCGAUUUUAUAGGGCACCUUUGGAAGAGCUUCAAGUUACUACAACAGGGAGGCCGAUAUCUUGUCUAUGUACAAUAUAGUUUUCUUAAUGAAAUGUAACUAAGCAUAUUCCCCAAAUAUAAAUAUGCAAUGAGAUAUUGGAAAUACUCAUGUGUUAUUAAACCAUUACCAAAUGGAAAGUAAGGGUUUUUUUUCCUUCCCAAAAUUUACCUGCGAAAUGGGUUGAGGAUGCCAACUUACAUUGUUAGGAACAGAUAUCUGUACUGAUUGUGAAUGGAAACUAAUGAAGGAGAGAAAGAACCUAGAACUAAGA